UUUUGUAAUUAUUGCAUGAGAAAAGGUGCAUAUUGUGCUCACCAGAGAACUAUAAAAUGCCUGGUCCGCAACGCUAUUUAGCUAUCCUCUAGAGACAGUACACAGACAGACAUGUGGACAUUGGCUCUUCUUCUUGUCGGAGUUUGUUCCGCCGCACCCAUGAGCAAGAUUGUUGGGGGAUCCAAUGCUACCCCUAACGACUGGCCCUGGCAGAUUUCCCUGCAGUUCCAGGGUUCCACUGGGGGCUACGGACACAUUUGUGGCGCCUCCCUCAUCUCCGAAAAUUACGCCUUGACCGCCGCACAUUGCGUGUCUCACGAUCCCACCGUCUCCAAAUACAGACUGCUUCUGGGGGAACACCAGUUCAGUGUCACUGCAGGAACCGAACAGACAAUUACUCUGUCCAACAUUUUAAUGCAUCCGCAAUACAGUGAUAGCGCCGGAGGAUUCCCGCAUGACAUUGCCAUCCUUAGACUGUCCUCCCCCGCCAAACUGAAUGAAUUCGUGAAAGUAGCCACCCUACCCACCUCCACCAGUACUUCCUUCUACAACGGAAGAACUUGUUACAUCACCGGAUGGGGACGUCUCAGCGGAGGUGGCUCUCUCCCCGACACUCUGCAGGAAGCCCAGACCACAGUUAUCUCCCACAGUAACUGUCGUAGCGCCCUUGGUAUGUCGGGACUCCUCUACCUCCAGGAGGGACCACAUGUUUGCGUCUACACCGGUAGCAAUGGAGCAUGUAAUGGCGACUCUGGUGGCCCCCUUGUCUGUGACGUCAACGGUGUCUGGGAAUUAGCGGGCGCCACUUCCUGGGGUCUUCAGAACUGCCCCACCUCUAGCCCCACCGUCUACACCCGUGUGUCUAACUAUCUGAGCUGGAUCCGCCAGAAUACAGACUUGUAAAUAUGUCGGGUUCUCCAAGGAGAAUUUUAAUGGAAUAAAGUACA